UGGGUGCCUGCUGGGUACCCUAAAACUGGCAGCAAAUUUAAUCUUUCUUCCAAGCAGACAGUAUCAGCUGUGCCCCUCCUGUUUGGAUCUUUCAGCAGAGAUGGCCCUGGCGGAUUUCCACUACACGACUGGCAUAAGCAGCGGAUUCAAGGUCUACAUCUUGGAAGGCCAGCCUUCCUUUGAGAACGAGCAGAAGUUCCGACGCCUCCCGGCCCACCGGUUUCCAGUCUACUCAAUCAAACGCAAGCUCAGCGCUGACGUCAGGAGCCCGGACCAAACCUUGGAAGGACAGAAAGAGUCUAAAGUCAGGCGGUCGGCAUACAGGCCAGUAGCAGUCUCGCUUAAGCGGACGGCGCCCCCUGCUGGCCAAAUCCAGGAAGGCCCAACUGCUGUGCCCGGCGUCACCACCACAUCCAGAGCAGAGCCCUGCAUCGACGCUCGAGGGCUUCACCCAUCCUGCCCACACAGAUGCCCUUUAAGGAAGCCCCUCCUGGAUCCCACCCUGACUGUGUCCCAGUUACAGCAGAUGCGCCCUUCCGUCAUCACUUGCGCCCCUCGCCGGAGCUGCUCAGAGACACCAACCAGCACCAGCCAUCCACAGGUCUCCCCAACGAAGCAGAGCAACGAGAAGACUCCCAGUUCUUCCCACUCACAGAGGUUGUGUGCCUGGACCCCUGGCUCUGUGGGGUCUUCAGCGCGACUCAGCGGACAAGCAUCUCCGCAGCGGAGCAGCCAGGAGACAGAAGCCCACAAUCCCUACCCCAGCAACUGAUGACCUCUGCUCUUGACCGGGAAGAGCCCCCCUGCAUCCCUGUAGCCUUUCCUUCCAGCAGGCAGA